AUGUCGAUCCCUGACCCCUUCCCCGCCCCGGCGGAACAUCAACCCUCAUCCCGCCCAUCCGACGUUCACGGCGGUCCGAAAGACGAUAUAAUGGCCGAGGAGGGAGGAGGGGAAUCUGGGAAGGGCUCGGACCAGGGCGAUGAGGAGGAUGAGACAGAGGUGGAAGAGCGUGAAAAAGAGGAGGAUGCCGCGCCCCGCCGGCCUAGCCAGGUGUCGCCAUACCUCUCCGCCGACCGGCCAUUACCUCGUAUCAAGCUUCGAGUUGGCGGUGACGGCGCUCCUCCAUCAGCUUCUAUCCAGCAGGAUACGGACCGGCCGACCUCCUCUCACUCAUCCGGUCCGCCCCACCUAAACGGCCAGCUCCGGCAAUCGGAGGAACGCUGUCCUCCUCAGAACUCCCCAACCCCACCUGGAUCCCCACUUCGGUCAUUCAUCGCUCCUGCCGCUGCUGCGGCUCCCUCUGGCCCGCCCGCUCAGCCCGCUCGUCCUGCCCAUCAGCCUGCUGCACCGUCCUCCCGCCCGUCGAGCUCCCACGCGAUCGCUCUUCCCCUCCCGCAUGCCUCAACUGGUGCUCGAAGGGGAUCUUCGCCCGUCGGUCAGACAUCCGGGACGUUCUGGAAGACAACCACAUCCGCUGCUCCUGCGCCGGUGCCAGUCGCGGAGGAAAGGGGUGAGGAUGAGGAUGUCGACAUGGAAGAGGAGGAUGACGAAGAGAUGGAAGAUGGGGAGGACGAGCUCGACUCGGAUUACUUUGAAGAGGGAGGAGAGGAGAGGGAGGACGACGAUAUGACCCACCCAACUUCCCCGGUCAAUAUCACCUCUCGCGGCUCGGUGUCCGCGCCAUCCGCUCCUACUUCGGCUCCAACAUUGUCCCCGGCGGCUGGUGCUGGAGACGAGGGCGGCGCGAAGCGUAAAGUCCGAGGCAAGGGGAAGAAGCAAAAGGAGGCGGCGAAAGCAAAAGAGCUAGAGAGGGAGAAGGCGGCACGAGAGGAGAAUGCGAAAAAGGUCAUUGAGGGAGCGGUGGCCGUGGAGGAAGUGACGGGGAAGGAUGGGAAGGGGGACUUUGCGUACGAGUACGUGGCGGUAUCUCAGCGGAAAGAAGGUCGUCAGCACCUGUAA